ACUUUAAACUAGUAGUAAGACCUUCACCAGCAGCCUAUAAUUGCCCCUCGCAAGGUUUACGGCACAUCCCUCGAGACAUUUCAGCAAAGGGCUAGAGUUUGGAGUACCCCGGGAGGGCGUGGGAAAAAGCAGACAAGUGGAAUUCCUGAAGACGGUUGGCUUAUCAGCGCUACCGAACCAGCAAUGCGACCGGUAUAAAAAAACGGUCUAACCAGAGCCCGAGAGUCAAAUCAUUCGGCCGCUUACCACAAAGUACAUCCAUCAAGAUGGUCCGCUGUGCGGUUGCUCUGGUGCUGCUGGUGGCGUUCGUCGCUACGGGAUGGUCCGCCUCGGUCUGGAACCGCAUCGUCGGUGGCCAGUAUGCGGAAGACACCCAAAUACCGUACCAGAUUGCGCUCUUCUACCGUGGUGACUUCCGGUGCGGUGGUUCGAUUAUUAGCGAGCGGCUCGUCCUGACGGCGGCUCACUGCGUGGUGAACGGCGAUACGGUCCUCGAUGCCAAACGGUUUGCCGUGCACGCCGGGUCAGCCCACCUUCUUUCGGGCGGCGCUCUGUUCGAGGUGGCAGCGAUCCACGCGCACGAAUGGUACGGUUCGCCCCAGAACGAUAUCGCCGUGCUGGAGAUGAAAGAACCGUUCCAGUACAGCCAGUACAUCCAACCGAUCGAGCUGAUGGAGGAGGAGGUACCGCUCGGUAGUGAGGUGGUGAUUUCGGGAUACGGACGCGUCGGCAGCACUGAACCACCAUCGCCCGAUCUGCUGUACACGUCGAUGUUUGUGGUGGACGAUGAGAACUGCCAUGGCGUAAGUCCGGGUCUGCUGUGCAUCGACAAGGAGGGUAGCUACGGUGCGUGCAACGGGGAUUCUGGUGGUCCGGCCGUGUACAAUGGGAAGCUGGCCGGUGUGGCCAACUUCAUCAUUGACUACUGCGGUGGGGACUAUGCCGAUGGGUACGCGAAGGUGUCCCACUAUCUGGACUGGAUUCGUAAAUUCAUGAAGUGAAUGGUGUGUUGGGACUUGCAAUUGCAGAUUAAAAGUUUUUAAACGAAAA